UUCCGCUUCUUCCUUACUGUCUGUGUGUUUUCGUGCGUUUUGGUCCUGUAGAUUUCUCCCCGUAGCUCUUCUUUCUCGUCCUCCCAUGGAACGUUCGCAAGCCUGAGGUUCCAUCUCGGAACUCUGGAGACCUUGAAGUUCUGAGCGCGGACAAACAUGACUCAGUGCCCCGGCGAGCGGCCCCCGCUCAGGCUCUAUCCGAAGUUACCCGUGUGGGUGGUGGAGGAUCACCAGGAGGUCUUGCCUUUCAUAUACCGAGCUAUUGGCUCGAAACAUCUUCCUGCCAGUAACAUAACCUUUGUUCAUUUUGAUUCACAUCCUGACCUCCUUAUUCCUGUGAAUAUGCCAGCAGAUACUGUGUUUGACAAGGAAACUCUCUUCGGGGAAUUGAGUAUUGAGAACUGGAUUAUGCCUGUAGUUUAUGCAGGUCAUUUUUCUCAUGUAAUAUGGCUCCAUCCAUCAUGGGCUCAGCAAAUCAAGGAGGGCAAACAUUGUUUUUUAGUGGGCAAAGACACCUCCACUACAACCAUCAGGGUUACAAGUACAGAUCAUUACUUCUUAAGUGAUGGUCUUUACGUUUCUGAAGAUCAGCUGGAGAACCCAAAGCCUUUAGAGUUGGAUGUAAUUCUGGUAAAUCCUUCCCAGCUGGUCAGCAGUCAAGAGGAAAGUGGAGCAGUGCCUUCUGCUAAGAGGCUGAAGUUAGCUUCAGAAGGGUCACAAAGCACUGCACUGACGAACUCUUCCUCUUCAGAAGGACUUUGUCCAGAUCAAAAAGCAGAAGAAAUGGAAAAGGAUACAGGAUCACAAUUGGCUCCCCAAACUUGCGUAGCACCAGCAAUUUCAAGCUAUUCUGAAACUCAGGACUGCCAAACUAGAACCAGUGCUAGGGAGAUUCUCCAGAUUCUAAAGAAAGGAGAUGCCUUUGUUUUAGAUGUUGACUUAGAUUUUUUUUCAGUCAAGAAUCCCUUCAAAGAAAUGUUCUCUCAGGAAGAAUACAAGCUCUUAAAAGAACUAUACAGUUUUAAAAAGCCAGAUACAGAGCUGACAGAGGAGGGCUUGGUAGACUGUGUGGAAAGUCGGGUUCAUCAGCUGGAAGAUUUAGAAGCUGCAUUUGCAGACUUGUGUGAUGGUGACGAUGAAGAAACGGUACAGAGAUGGGCUUCAAAUCCUGGAAUGGGGUCCUUAAUUGCACUUGUUCAGAGUUUGAAAAACCGGACAGAAACACCAGACUAUGAGAUGGUGCAUCAGGCUGGUCUGACCUGUGAUUAUUCUGAACUUCCUCACCAUAUCAGCACAGAACAAGAAAUUGAGUGUCUUGUACAGUCUCUAAAAUAUUUACUUAAAAACUUGCCAAAGCCUACUCUUGUGACCAUUGCCCGGUCAAGUUUGGAUGACUACUGUCCUUCUGAGCAAGUUGAUACUAUUCAAGAAAAGGUCCUUAAUGUGCUUCAUACUUUGUAUGGAAGUCUAGACAUUCACUUGGAGUAUUCAGCCAGUUCACCUCCUGCUUGAAAGGAAAAAAGAUUCCUAUUCCAUCUAAAAAAAUGUAUUAGCAAUAUCUCCUUAACUCUCCCAUGCAGCUUCUUAAAAUGAAUAUUUUGGUUGCUUUAAAAUUUUAAUUGGAGUUGUUUCUAAUGAUCUAAUCUUCAGUCUCCCGUCUGUCUAGGUUAUUGAAUAUCAAAUAUGACAGUUUAUGGAAUUACUGUUUCACCAUAUCUUUUUGUCUAUCCUUUCUCUGUCCUCCAUGUCCCUUCCCAACCCAAUUCUGUUUUUCAGCCUUGUAAGCUAAAGUACAAUGGACCCUGCUUACAGGAUUAAGUGCUAGAAGGGACCUUAGAAGUCAUGUAAUUCAACCCCCUCCUUUUAAAGAUGAGGUAACUGACUAGAGAGCUAG